AUGAGAUGGAUUGUACCUUGCCAGCAGUAGCAGAAGAGCUUUUGAAAGAGAUCAAAAAGGCUUUUCAGGAGACCUCACACGUCCCUGAUGACCUGCUGCUGGGGCUGAAGUUCAUAUUUGGCCCUUCUGCUGUCCCAGCUUUGGACUUGGUGGAUCAGCGUUCAGUCACCCGAGUCGUGGCCCCCAGUGGAAGGUCUGCAUACCAGGUCCUUGGGAGCUCAGGCAAACUCUACACCUGCUACAGUUCCUGCCACUUCUGCACAUGUCCUGCUUUUGGGUUUACUGUCCUGCAGAAGAGUGAGAGCCUCCUGUGCAAACAUAUACUUGCUGUCUACCUCAGCCAGGCCGUGGGAGCCUGCCAGGAGCUAACUGUGUCUGAGGAGCAGCUCACAAGCAUCUUGCUGGCUGAGGAAGAGGAUGAAGGAUGAAAGAUUUGGAUCACAUGUGGAUGUGCUGUCUGUGUCCUCUCCUGGCUGUGCAGCUGGCAUUUUUCCUAUCCACAAGGCUGUCAAGUGUUCGUUGUGGCUGGCAGGUUUCUUCCUGUGCUGCAACCUAAUGUGGUGUUAAUUAAGAACCUUGCACUGGUGGGUUAAUUAAUACAUGUU